UUCCAGAAUUAGGUCAACUUUGGUGAUGCGUUAUCGAUAGAAAAAAAACAGCAAAUCGAGAACUGAAAUGGCGGACAAUACCACCGCUCAAGCGUCGACGUCACUUUCCUUCUUUAGUGAUAGCUUCAUCAUAAAAAGGGGCAAAAAACCACUUCGUUCUAUGGAAUUCAUUUUGGAUUUAGAAGAUGAAAACAGUCGUUUGCAACUUGAGAAAGACAUCAAACUUCUUGGUGGUAAAGUUUUGGAAUCGCUUAACGGUGAUGAUGAAAAGCCUUUUUGUAUCGUUACUGAUCAUCCACAUGCACGGUAUUUGGAAAGAGUAACAAAAUCGAAAAGAAUUACAUCCGAAUACUGCAGUGCUUUGCCAGUAUUACUCCGAGUUGCUUUGCAAAAUGGUGUCCGUGUUCGAACAUAUACUUCUUUUCUUCAAAUCUUAUCGAAUGUGAAAAAUCGCGUUAAAUUAAAUCAGAAGGCGAAAUUGGCGCCUGUAAAAUCGAAAUUGGAAAAACAGAAAAGCAUACGCAAAUUAACACCGCCAUUCAUCAAAUUUGAAGAUAAUAGCCUACAGUAUGCGCCUUCCUGGAAAGAGUAUGGAAUACCUUCUAAUUUUCGGCCGAUUUACGUUGGUGAAGCAGCUGGAAGGUCGAUAUUUCACAAAGCUUCUCCAGAAUACCUAAAGCGAAAGAAGGAGACGAAAAUUUCGAAGCCUCGAGCAAAAAGUCGAGUUGGACCUGGAUUUUGUGAUAUUUGCACACGUGACUGCCAAGAUUUGCAACUGCAUUUCUUGUGCAAAGAGCAUCAGACACGUAUCAGUAUGCCUGGUUUCUAUGAUGAGGUUGACGCAUUGUGCGGUUCGUUUGUAAAAGAAAUCGUUGUGCCAAAUAAAAGACUUCGGAAACGAUUGACACCGGAACCGCUUUCAUUGCCAUCACUUCCCUGAUUAUAUGCUUCCUCUUCGAACAUCUGAUAGUAUUGGUUAUUUUUAAACGGGUUAUUUGCCAAUGCGUUCGGGAAUUUCUUUAAGAUUCUAGCAUUUUUGAAUGUUAUCUUGUUUUUGUUCUUCGUAAAAUUAAGUAAGAAUUUGA